AUGUCCUUUCUAUCAGUCCCUUCGGUUGAAGAAGUCAGUAAAUGGAGCCCUAAGAACGUCAUUACUUUUCUGGAGACUAAGAAGGAUGAGUUGUUUCUCAGAGACCAAGAUAUUAAAGUAUUUGAAGAUAACUGGGUCGCUGGUCGCGCGUUCCUCAACCUGACUGCGGAAAAGCUUGAAAGAUGGGGAAUGUCAGGAGGACCAGCGGAAACUAUUGUAGACCUAAUCAAAGGAAUAAAGAGCGAAGGAGAAGCACAGGAACUUAGAGAUGAAGAUGAAGAUGAUGCCCUAUAUUUCUCGACCAUUGAUAUGCUCCAAACACCACCAGAGUAUAUUCCAUCCCGCUGGGAUCUAUUACUUUGGCUUCAAAAACCGCCUUCCACACCAGUCAACAUUCCUCCAGCUAUGUAUAACGCUUACUUUCGGUCGAGGAUUUCUCCAAAUAUUUUGAUUCAAUUCUUUGUGACUUCAGACAAGGCGUCUUUCCGAACAUGGGCUGAAUGUAUACAACCUAUUGCCAAGCCACCCGUUAUAGGCACAACGGAGGAUUCAUUUCACGCAUUUUGGGAUGCACUCAUUGUCAACCCUUUUAGGAUUGGAUAUCCACAAGGAGUCUACAAUCGAAACACAUCUCUUCAUACUUCCACAAGACGAUAUAGACCCGACCUUUCAUACUUGGUAUUGGAUGCCUGCCUUGCGAGAGGAGAGGAAAAGGGUCCCGAUAAUGAUGACGAUCCAGGGGAAGAACUAGUUUCAAAAUUGACAUGGACGUAUGGAAAUUGUCCAUAUAUAUUCGGGUAUCAUGCAAAAUGUGCCACAGUGACAUACUGUUAUUUGUACACUGAAGGUGAAGAGAUUAAGCAUAAGGAUCUGAUCACAGUUAACCUAAAUGAAUUGGAAGGACGCCUCCAAGCUUUCGCUAUCGGAAGGAACAUUGGCGACUAUUGCCUCUACUUCGUCAAACCCUCCCAGGGUAUUUCCAGUGGGAGUUUACCAUACUUCACCGAUCAGGCCUAUUAUGAUAUAAUGGCUAAGAACCAAGUUCCUUUCAUUGAUCGAUUGGUGCACAUAAACACUGAGGAGGGGAAAACCCCAUUCGUGAUCCUUUCUCCAAAGGGUAUGGUGCAUAAACCACAAUCAUUAGAAAAACUAAUCAUAGCAUUGUAUUGUGUAUUAACUGCCCUUAAGUCUCUUCACAGCUUGAAGAUCAUGCAUCGUGACAUUCGCUGGGAGAAUGUGCUGAAGAAUAUUGAGAAGGACAGAUGGUUUAUUAUUGACUUCGAUGAUGCGUGUUCUUCACCUUCGUCUAUUCCUCACAACGCAUUGGCUUACGAGAGCCAUGCACCAGAGAUUUUUACUGGCGUUCAUGAUACGAGCGUGGAUAUCUGGUCGGUUGGGUAUCUUAUUAUGACAACGUCUGUGAAACACGAACCAUUAAUCGAUUACGCAAAGAAGAUGAUGGCAAAAAAUUAUCUGGAGAGGCCAACAGCUCACGAAUCAUUACAGUGGCUUUGGAGUAAUUUUGAAGACGUUCUCAAGGGAGAAGUUUUGAAGUAA